CUACUCCAUAUCCCGGCAGGCCGAGCGCUCCAGGCGGCGGCGCGGCGCCUUUGUGGAGGCAGCGGCCGGGCGCGGAGGAAGUUCCGGUCUCCGCGACACUGGGUCGGUGGCGGCGGCUGAGGAUUCGGAGGAGCGGGCCGUGGAGGCCGCGCUGCCUCGGUACUGCUAUAACCAACAUUUGGUAGUGAAAGGAUCUGCUUAUUGGGCCCUCUUGACUUAAGAGAUGUGGGGGGAUUCUCGAUCUGCUAAUAGAACAGGACCUUUUCGUGGGAGCCAAGAAGAAAGGUUUGCUCCCGGGUGGAACAGGGAUUAUCCUCCUCCUCCCCUUAAGAGUCAUGCUCAAGAGAGACACUCUGGCAACUUUCCUGGCAGAGAUUCACUUCCCUUUGAUUUCCAGGGGCAUUCGGGGCCUCCCUUUGCAAAUGUAGAGGAGCACCCUUUCAGCUACGGAGCUAGAGACGGACUGCUUGGUGACUACCCAGGAGGGGAGGGAUCCGGACAUGACUUCAGGGGGGGAGAUUUUUCAUCUUCUGAUUUCCAGAGCAGAGAUUCAUCACAGUUGGACUUCAGAGGUAGGGACAUACAUUCUGGGGAUUUUCGGGAUAGAGAGGGACCACCUCUGGACUACAGGGGUGGCAAUGGGACUGCUGUGGAUUACAGAAGCAGGGAAACAUCUCACAUGAACUACAGAGACAGGGAUGCUCACACUAUCGACUUCAGAGGUAGGGACGCUCCUCCACCUGACUUCAGGGGCCGGGGUGCUUAUGAUUUAGAUUUCCGAGGCCGGGAUGGAGCUCAUGCAGAUUUUAGGGGAAGGGAUUUGUCAGAUUUGGAUUUCAGGACCAGAGAUCAGUCUCGUUCUGAUUUUAGGAACAGAGAUGUAUCUGAUUUGGACUUCAGGGACAAAGACGGAACACAGGUGGACUUUAGAGGCCGAGGUUCAGGUACUAGUGAUCUCGACUUUAGGGACAGGGAGACACCACACUCAGAUUUCAGAGGUAGACACCGGUCCAGGACUGACCAGGACUUUAGGGGCAGGGAUGUGGGAACGUGUAUGGAAUUUAAGGGUAGGGAGAUGCCCUCUGUGGAUCCAAAUAUUUUGGAUUACAUUCAACCCUCUACACAAGACAGAGAACAUUCUGGUAUGAAUGUGAACAAGAGAGAAGAAUCCACACAUGACCAUACAACAGAAAGGCCUGCUUUUGGCAUUCAGAAGGGAGAAUUUGAGCUUUCAGAAACGAGAGAAGGAGAAACACAAGGGGUAGCCUUUGAACAUGAGUCUUCGUCAGACUUUCAGAACAGCCAAAGUCCACUUCAAGACCAAGACAAGUCGCAGCCUUCUGGAGGUGAAAAGCAGAGUUCUGAUUCUGGUUUGUUUAAAGAAGAAGGUGGUCUGGACUUUCUUGGGCGGCAAGACACGGACUACAGGAGCAUGGAGUACCGUGACGUGGACCACAGGCUGCCAGGGAGCCAGCUAUUCGGCUAUGGCCAGAGCAAGUCCUUUCCAGAGGGCAAAGCUCCUCGAGGUGCCCCACCGGAGCUUCAGGAUCAAGAUUAUAGGACUGGCCCAAGUGAGGAGAAAGCAAGCAAGCUUAUUCGAUUAAAUGGGGUGCCUGAAAAUGCCACAAAAGAGGAGAUUCUUAACGCCUUUCGGACUCCUGAUGACAUGCCUAUAAAGGACGUGCAGCUGAAGGGGUAUAACACAGGUUACGACUAUGGCUAUGUCUGCGUGGAGUUUUCACUCUUGGAAGAUGCCAUCGGAUGCAUGGAGGCCAACCAGGGAACUCUCAUGAUCCAUGACAAAGAGGUCACCCUCGAGUAUGUGCCCAGCCCGGAUUUUUGGUGCUGCAAACGGUGUAAGGCCAGCACUGCUGGACUCCAGUCUUCAUGCUCAUUCUGCAAGUGCCCGAGGGAAGUGACAGACGUGAAGCAGGAUUUAGUAACUUACCCUCAGCUUCAGAAAACACCCAUCCCACCACCGUCAGAAAAACAACCCAGCCAGCCCCCAAGGUCCACUGAUAAGGAACCUGAGCCCAAGAAGCGGGAAGAAGGACAAGAACCACGCUUGGGGCAUCAAAAGAAAGACGCAGAUCGGUAUCUGCCUUCCUCUCGAAGGGAAGGGCUCAGCUUCCGAAGAGACCGAGAGAAGGAUUCGUGGUCUGGGGAGACGCGCCAGGAUGGGGAGAGCAAAAAAGCAGCCUCGCCAGAGCAAGUAGCAUCCGCAGUUAACAACAAAAGCAGCCAGGCUGUGAGGUUCAGAGCUAACCCUUCUGUGUCUUUCUCUGCUGCUCUGCCACUUGCGGCGGUUUGCUCAGCCAUCAUGCUCAAACGCAUCUAUCGGUCCACGCCGCCUGAGGUGAUCGUGGAAGUGCUGGAGCCCUACGUCCACCUGACCACUGCCAACGUCCGGAUCAUCAAGAACAGAACCGGCCCCAUGGGCCACACCUAUGGCUUCAUUGACCUCGACUCCCACGCCGAAGCUCUUCGUGUAGUGAGGAUCCUGCAGAACCUCGACCCACCGUUUAGUAUCGACGGGAAGAUGGUAGCUGUAAACCUGGCCACUGGGAAGCGAAGAAAUGAUUCUGGGGACCAUUCUGACCACUACUAUCAGGGCAAGAAAUAUUUCCGAGAUAGGAGGGGCGGUGGCAGAAAUUCCGACUGGUCUGCAGAUUCAAAUCGACAAGGACAGCAGUCGUCAUCGGACUGCUACAUAUAUGACUCGGCCACUGGCUACUAUUAUGACCCCUUGGCGGGAACUUAUUAUGACCCCAACACCCAGCAAGAAGUCUAUGUGCCCCAGGACCCUGGGUCACCUGAGGAAGAAGAGAGCAAGGAGAGGAAGCCAGCCAGUCAGGGAAAGUCGGGUGGCAAGAAGGAGCCGUCUAAAAGGGACGGCAAGGAGAAGAGGGACCGCGGCGGGCCGAGGUUUCAGGAAGACGCCAGUGAGGAGACAGUCCCCCCAGAGGAUGUCUUUAAGAAGCCCCUGCCUCCCACUGUGAAGAAGGAGGAGAGCCCUCCCCCACCCAAGGUGGUUAACCCACUGAUUGGCCUCCUGGGUGAAUACGGAGGAGACAGUGACUAUGAGGAGGAGGAGGAGGAGGAGCAGCCCCCUCCGCAGCCCCGCACAGCGCAGCCCCAGCAGCAGGAGGAGCUGAGCAAGAAGGAGAACGAAGAAGACAAACUCACCGACUGGAAUAAGCUGGCCUGUCUGCUCUGCCGAAGGCAGUUUCCUAAUAAAGACGUUCUGAUCAAGCACCAGCAGCUCUCAGACCUGCACAAGCAAAACCUGGAAAUCCACCGGAAGAUAAAGCAGUCGGAGCAGGAGCUCGCCUACCUGGAGAGGAGAGAACGGGAGGGGAAGUUUAAAGAAAGAGGAAAUGAUCGCAGAGAAAAGCUUCAGUCUUUUGACUCUCCAGAAAGAAAACGAAUUAAAUACUCCAGAGAGACUGACAGUGACCGGAAACCUGUUGAUAAAGAAGAUGUUGACAACAGCAGCAGAGGAGGCUGUGCUCAACAGGCUGCUGGUUGGAGGAAGGGGCCCGGACAUGGCCACCCUGGAUUGGCUUCGGCGGAAGAGACUGAAGGCCGGAUGAGGGGGCCCGGGGUGGGGGCACCUGGAAGAACCAGCAAGAGACAGUCCAACGAGACUUACCGAGACGCUGUGCGAAGAGUCAUGUUUGCUCGAUAUAAAGAACUUGAUUGAAGGAUGGAGACAGUCCCAGGGGACACAGCCUCCUUGUUUUGUUUGUCAGUCUCUCCUUUUGUUUUGUUACUGUUCUUGCUGCUAGAACUUUUUUAAAUAAACUUUUUUUCAAUGUGA